CCCUGAGUAAACACUAAAAAAGAAGAAGAAGAAGAAGAAGACCGUCCAUCCAUAAACCAACAUGGCGAAUAUUCGGUGUGUCAAGGGUAUGGUUGGCUUGGUGACGGGGGGUGCGUCUGGUUUGGGCCGGGCCACUGUGGAGCGUCUGAUCCAGAACGGAGCGUCUGCUGUGAUCCUGGACCUGCCCUCCUCUGAUGGACCAGCUCUGGCAGCCAGUCUGGGGGACCGCUGUGCCUUCGCUCCGGCAGACGUGACGUCUGAAGCAGAGGUGCAGGCAGCUGUGUUCCUGGCCAGAGAGAAGUUUGGGAAGCUGGACUUGGCCGUUAAUUGUGCCGGCAUUGCUGUCGCCGUUAAAACGUAUAACUUUAAGAAGGACCUUCCUCACAGCCUGGAGGACUUCCAGCGUGUGAUCAAUGUGAACAUCGCAGGAACCUUUAAUGUGAUUCGUCUUGCUGUGGGUGAGAUGGGGAAGAACGAGCCUGAUGCAGAUGGACACAGAGGCUGCAUCAUUAACACAGCCAGCGUGGCAGCCUUUGAUGGACAGGUCGGCCAGGCGGCAUAUUCGGCCUCUAAAGGUGGUAUCGUUGGAAUGACCCUCCCCAUUGCACGAGAUCUGGCCCCCAUGGGCAUCAGAGUCAUCACCAUAGCACCAGGUCUGUUCUCCACUCCCCUCCUGGCUGGUCUCCCAGAGAAGGUGCGCUCCUUUCUCGCCCGCCAGGUGCCCUUUCCCUCUCGCCUGGGACACCCCGCGGAGUUUGCCCACCUGGUGACAUCGCUGGCUGAGAACCCCAUGAUUAACGGCGAGGUCAUCAGACUGGACGGAGCCAUUCGUAUGCAGCCCUGAGACAGAUGGUGUGUGUCCGUGUGUCCACGUUAACUAAAGGUGUUGAUCAUCACCGUCAUCGAUUUAAGAGAACAUUUUUAUGUCUGAGUGUUCGUGUGUGGGGCUGCCUGUUGCAAUUACGUUGGAGAAAGCUGCAUACAGUGUGAGAGAAAGUGUGUCAAAUAUCUGUACAUCAUUCAGAGCAUUGCAGUCAUUUGUGCACUCCACUUUUGUCGUUUUGUAAACUAAUUCAGAUUAUAAUAAACCUCCAGAUGGGUUUGAUUAUCUUCUAAGGUUUUCUUUGUCUAGAAUUGUAUUCCCCGACAGCAUCUUUCAGAUCUUCCUGAUAGGACAAGUUAGAUUUUUAAAAAUCACCUCAUCCGAUUCUUUUCUUUUUCUUUUUCUUUUUUUUGGUAACUUCAGAUAACUAUUUAAAUAACAAAUUGUGUUUGUACCGAACAAAAAAAUCAAAAUACGAGAAAUCUUGGUAAUGCAGCAAUUCCCCUGAAUCACAUUAAAUUAAAGAUUCAGUGGCAGCAACUGGAAUGUUGGUGCCAAAGACACAUCUUUAAUACCUGCGCCGUGUGUAUUUAAAAUUGUUUGGAUUUCAUUCAACUUUAUUGUUGUUGAGUACAAGUUCUGAGACAACGCAAUGCAGUUCAGUGCAAAAAGCAUUAAGAGAGCAGAAUAAUGUACAUAGUGGUGCUUAUGGAACACAAACACAUAAAGUUUACAGAAAAGAAAUGCAUACAUUUAAAUAAUAAUAAAUAAAAAAAUCAAGUCAAACAAGGAGAUCCACACUCACGGACUUUGAGUUUUGAACCCUUUAUGGACACUCUGUAGGUCAGCAUUUUUACAGACUUUGCCUCAAGGUAUUACCCACAAAUCACAGGGUUACCAAACAAAAAUAGGAAGGCACAUAAUGUAAUAUUUAACAUUAACAUUAAGGACUUAAGAGGGUCUAUAAAAACAUGAAGUCAGAGGAAUUACUAUAUUACACACUUCAAUUUCAAUGCCAUAGUAGGCAUGAGGAAAGUUACGACUACCAAAAGCAACAAUGGAUGUAAUGGAAUAAUAAUACAAGCAGUAAUGGUAUUGUCAAUGCUAAUAGCAAUGCAACUAAUACUACUAAUAAAUCAUCAAGGUAACGUGAUAUGUUGCUGCAAGCUGUCCCAUUUACCAUUUUGUUUGCAGCUGCCUUUAAAGAAUCCACAGGAGGUCAAAAGAAACAGUUACAUCCUGUUAGAUCUAAUCUGAAGGAUGUGUUCAUAAAUAUAUAUUUAUGUAGAAAUGUGUGUGUAUCUGCAUUGUGUGCUGUCCUUUGUUCUUUUUUAUGUCUGCCUGUGAAACACAUUGGUACUCGUUUGUAUGUGUGUUAUAUAAAUAAGCUUUAUUAUUAUCAA